AUGGCCACGGAGCAGCUUCAGCUCCCUUCCGUGCCCAUCUUGCUCUUCUUCCUCAUCUUCACCAAGAGAGUGUGUUCGCCAAGUUCAAAAGCCCCAAGGCAAGAAACCCACCCCCCCGGCCCAGGGAAUCUGCCUCUCAUCGGAAGCAUGCACCACCUGGUCCCCCAGCUGCACUUCCGCGCACUCCGCCACCUCGCUCGCAAGCACGGCCCCCUCAUGCUCGUCAGGAUCGGCCAGGUGGACCUUGCGGUCGCCUCCUCACGUGAAACCGCCGAGGAGAUCUUACAGAAACAAGGUGCCACCUUCGCUUCCCGUCCCGAGCUCGCCGCAAAGCAGGUGAUUCUCUAUGGCGCCUCCGACAUCGGCUGGUCCCCCUUCGGCCCUUACUGUAAGCAGCUGCGCCGGCUAUUCUUCACGGAGCUACUCAGCGCCAAGCGCACCCGUUCCUCUCCUCCGUCAUGA